AUGGAUGCUGGGAUUAUUGCCGCAUUCAAGAGGCACUACCGCCGGCUGCAUCUGCAGAAUGCCUUGGACCGUGACGAGCGCGGAGAAACCAACCUUUACAAGGUUGAUCAGCUCACGGCCACGCGUUGGUCGCUGGCUGCGUGGAGCGAGAUUUCCAGUGCCACAAUCGCCAACUGCUUCCGUCGUACGGGACUCAUGGACGGUCCGGCUCUGCCGACUGGUGGGGGUGAAAACGAAGCCGGCACUGUUGGCCAGCAGGCCCAGCAGGAGGCAGCAGCUGCUGCAGUAGAGGAGCAGCGCGUGGAACAGGAUCUUGUUUCGGCGCUGGAAAGGCUCCCGCUCCGCAAUCCCAUGUCGAUCGCUUCUCUUCUCAAUCCAGCUGAGGAGGAGGAGACGGCGCAUGCGGAUCUGACCGAUGCCGAAAUCAUCAAGCUUGUUGAGGAUCCGUAUGGGGAGGAGGAAGGUGCUGCUGAGGCGGAGGAGGAGGUGGAAAAGCAUUCGAAGGCUGAAAAGCUUGCCAGCCUUAGUCUAUCCAUCGCCCUUCUCGACCUUUCUCAAGAGUCCCAUCGUAUAGCUCACCGGACCCUUCGCCAAGUCCAAGCUGAUCUCCGUAGUGCGAGCACCACUCAGGCCACCACACUUGAUUCCUGGCUGAAGUAG